GGCCACUAUCACCGCCUGGCACCUACCAGAUAUGAAGUAUCGCAGCCCGACAGCGGUGGAGGCCGAGGCGGACCGUCAUCAUUCGCGGCGUGAUUGGCGGCUGUGCCCCUCUUACUGUCGACUCCGAACAUCGGCCGGCAUCUUUUUGUGCCUCGUUCGCCUUCCAUCGAUUUGAGUUCCACACGCGCCUCAUUUAAGCCGAUACCUGCCCUGGCCGAGCACGUCUCACUCUCUUGACCUACUACUCUAUUUUCCUGCACCUACUUUGGGCUUGCCGUGCAACUUCUACCUCACAUAUACAAUAUGCCGUCUGCUGUGAAACCGCCGCAGACCCUGUACGACAAGGUCUUCGAGGACCACAUCGUCGAAGAGAAGGAAGAUGGCACAAUCCUGCUCUAUAUUGACAGACAUCUUGUUCACGAAGUGACAUCACCACAAGCUUUUGAGGGCCUUCGGAAUGCUGGCCGUCGAGUGCGAAGACCGGACUGCACCCUUGCGACAGUCGACCACAAUAUCCCCACCGCGUCGCGGAAAAACCUCACUACGACCGAGAAAUUCAUCGAAGAGACCGACUCGCGAUUACAAUGCAUGACCCUUGAGGAGAACGUCAAGGCCUUCGACCUCACUUACUUCGGCCUCGACGACAAGAGGCAGGGUAUUGUGCACAUCAUCGGACCCGAACAGGGCUUCACGCUCCCCGGUACCACGGUCGUAUGUGGUGAUAGCCACACAUCCACACAUGGCGCUUUUGGUGCCCUCGCCUUUGGCAUUGGUACCAGCGAGGUCGAACACGUUCUAGCCACACAGACCAUCAUCACACAACGGAGCAAGAACAUGAAAGUCCAGGUUGACGGCGAGCUAGGACCUGGCGUUGGCAGCAAGGACAUCAUCUUGCACGUCAUCGGUAAAAUUGGCACGGCCGGAGGAACAGGUGCCGUCAUCGAGUUCUGUGGCUCGGCUAUCCGCGGCUUGAGCAUGGAGGCGCGCAUGUCGAUAUGCAACAUGUCAAUCGAGGGUGGCGCAAGAGCCGGUAUGAUCGCGCCUGAUCAGAUUACUAUCGACUAUCUCAAGGGAAAGCCUCUCGCACCCAAGGUUGACAGCCCGGAGUGGAAGAAGGCAUGCAGUUACUGGCUGGGUCUCAAGUCAGAUGAAGGCGCCAAAUACGACAUUGAGGUUCUGAUUGACGCGAAGGACAUCGCCCCAACUGUAUCUUGGGGUACUUCACCUCAAGAUGUCAUCCCAAUUACUGGUGUAGUACCUGGACCUGAUGACUUCCAAGACGAGGUCAAGAAGCUGGCAUGCGAACGCGCUCUGAAGUACAUGGGUCUGACUGCCGGCACCCCCAUGCAGGAGAUCCCGCUUGACAAGAUCUUCAUCGGAUCUUGCACGAACGCCCGUAUUGAGGACCUGCGGUCAGCUGCCCAAAUUGUUGAAGGCAAGAAGGUGGCUUCCAACAUCAAGCGGGCCAUGAUCGUGCCUGGUUCUGGUCUAGUAAAGAAGCAGGCUGAGGCGGAGGGUCUCGACAAAAUCUUCAGCGAUGCCGGAUUCGAGUGGAGAGAAGCUGGAUGCUCAAUGUGCUUGGGCAUGAACCCCGACAUUCUUUCUCCCGGUGAGCGAUGUGCUUCAACCUCGAACAGAAACUUCGAGGGCCGGCAGGGUGCGGGUGGCCGAACCCACCUCAUGUCACCCGCCAUGGCUGCUGCCGCUGCCAUUGUAGGAAACCUGGCCGAUGUACGGAAACUUGCACCACAAACUUCUGGACAAGCCAAGGGCUCACCGAAGAUUGAGUUAGAUGCGCAAGUCGAGCCUCCUAGCAGCGACGAAGAGUUUGAAAAGAUCAUGGACCUUCCUAGCUCCGGACCUCAGCACACUAGCUCAAAUACUGGUAGCACAGGUGGUGCCUCAGCCGGGAUGCCUAAGUUCGAGACCCUCCGCGGAUACGCAGCACCCAUGGACGUAGCGAACAUUGAUACUGAUGCUAUCAUCCCUAAGCAGUUCCUCAAGACCAUCAAGCGAUCUGGUCUUGGUAGUGCUCUCUUCCAUGCCUGGCGCUACGAGGCCGGCAGUAACAAGGAGGACUCAUCUUUCGUACUGAACAAGGAACCUUACCGCAACUCCAAGAUUCUAGUCUGCACAGGCCCCAACUUUGGCUGCGGCUCAAGUCGUGAACACGCACCCUGGGCGCUCCUCGACUUCGGUAUCAAAUGCAUCAUCGCCCCCUCCUUUGGCGAUAUCUUCUUCAAUAACACGUUCAAGAACGGUAUGCUUCCUAUCCGAAUUACCGACACCGCUGUCCUACAACGCGUCGCCGACGAGGCAAACGCUGGUAAGGAGAUUGAGGUGGACCUACCCAACCAAGUCAUCCGCUCUGCCGACGGAACCGAACUUGCCAAGUUCGAUGUUGAGGAGUUCAGGAAACACUGCCUUGUCAACGGACUGGAUGACAUUGGUCUGACCAUGGCCAACGUUGACAAGAUUGAGAAGCAUGAGCAGAAGCGCACAGCUGUCUGGCCUUGGCUAGAUGGAAGUGGCUUCCUGAAGAGACAUGGACGCGGACCAGUCAAGGUGCAGGCGCAACCUGUGCCAAAGACCAACCGGGGAGAGGCGAUUACCGAACCACUGGAGUGGUAGAUGGUAGAUUACAAGGGUAAAAGUCGGACUUUAGUCAAUCUCUUUGGAGUUUUGUAUAAUCUGGCGAGCGGCUGCUCUGCGGACUUGAAUUAGGGUGUUUCUGUUGGGACCAAGAUAUCAUGUGAAAUGAAAUGACAUAUAUGAAUGUUUUACCUUUUGCACCUGACUGCACUGCACCUGGGCGAUGUGAAGAUUUCGGUAUUUUGCUUUGAUUUGUUCU